ACACACGUUUACACUGCGCUUUGGCUGGAUCACACUUGUCUCUCACCAGCUCAGCUUUACUGAACACACUUGGAGGGAUUGCUAUGGCAACUGGUUGCUAUGGGUGAUGUGACACCACUACAUGCUCAUCUUGGCGAGGGAAAGAGGGAGUUGGACUACAGAGGAGAGGAAUGGAAACAGAGAGCAGCGGAUUCUCUUUUGAUUCCUGAACGUAUCGACGAGCUGCCUCGAAAAGUUGUGAAAGACAUCUGUGUCUGGGUGGACAGCGGUGAUGGAAGCCGUCUGUCUCUUUGGUUAUUUUGGAUCCCCGUCACCCACGCACCGAUGAAUCCUCUUCAGUAACAACAGGUUAUCUGAGAGAAAUCUUCGCAUCGGUGGUUCACACAAAAUCCUUGUUAGACUCUGAGGCAGAUAUCAGAGGGAGUGCCAGGGCUGAUCGUGAGUGCUGGCAUCAAAGAAGUGAACCAUUAAAGGGUCACCGGCUGCCACAGAAACAGAAGCGGGUUUAGAGAAUGAAUCGUGUUUUGAAUGGCUCUAUCCAGGAACCUGUUGAUUUCGAACGUGGUGAAAAUGGCCGCGUGCCCCUGACCCGUGGCGUCACACUGGACAGGAUGGCCGAGCACCUCCACAGCAGCACGCUGUCUGCGUCUGGGGCCAACCAGCCCAUCCCUUUCCUCACGCUGGAACAGAAGGCUGCCUUUGUCUUCGUCCUCCUCCUCUUCAUUUUUCUGGGGCUGCUGAUCGUGCGCUGCUUCCGUAUCCUGCUGGAUCCCUAUAGCAGCAUGCCGAGUUCCACAUGGACGGACUAUAUGGAAAAAGACACAUUCGACUAUCGCAUCGCCUGAGCUGCCGGCCGGGUUUCAAGCUGGGAGACGUGCGAUGGUUACCUCACACAAACACACACACACACCACCACCUUCACCUCAAAUACACCACCUCAGAGCUGACUGUACCUUUCAAGUGUUGUUGUUCUGUAAUGGUGGUUUUGUGUACUUGGUGGUCUGCACUUAAACAUACAUCGUCUAACAAAGGUUGAUACAGGGUUUUUAUAAACUCACAGAUUUCACCACUAUCCACUGAUGUCACAUUCAGCGUAGCUGAAAACUCUUAGCGAUGAUGACUCAUUUAUGUUUAAAAUCUGCCAAAUAGCUUUAUCAUUUUGAAUGCAUAUGGUAUUUUGUACGUCCAAAGAAUGACAAAAAUUGCAAAAUUAUGUAAAAUAAGGUUAAUUCAUUUCUGAAUGAAUCAUUUCACACUUAUCAUGAAAAGCACAGUGCAUCGGUUCCAGGAUGAUUAAGUCCUCUGAGCUCUACGUUUAGGGACUCGAGAUUUGCGCCUUAUGAAUCUGUGUGUUUACAGAACAGCAAGACAAACUGGCCUUGCUGUUAUUCAGCUAAAUGUCAAUCAAUGUACUGACCUACCAGCCUCUAUGGGCAAUCUGAAUGUUUCACUUGACAAUGUCUCCCCGCCUCUCUCUAUACAGUGUUCUUAAUGGACUCUGCCAAUGUUGAAAUGGACUUUUCUUUCAAAUGUUUACUGUUCUGCCCUGGCUUUCAGCACAGUGUUUUUCUCAGUCUGUGUUUUGCUUAAGACGUACAUGUUGAAUAGAAACGAUGCCGAAAUAAACAGGUGCAAUAUAUGUCUAGUGUGCAGAGCAGGUCAAUAUUACCAUUUAGGUGCAACUUAGGUAUUGCUUUAAAGUCAGUCGUGUUUAUCUGGGGAUCAUUGUUUUCCUAGGACACCGGUCUGCUGUUCUCACAAUGCACAUUGUGUCUUAGCCGAGUGGUGUGUCCGGUAUUUUUGAGCCUUUAAAUGCGGAGAGAUGCUGGUGACUUUAUUCCAAGAAAAAAUGUGCCAUGUAGUUUACAAGUGGCUUUUGCAUUUUAAUGUGCUUUUAUAUUUGUUUCCAAAUAAAAUGACAUGUUUACAUCUCA